GUCCGCAACGUUCUAUAUUUAGUGCGCCCUCUUGCAUGCACUUCCCACCUGAGCGAUGUCUAUGUGGUCACGAAAUUUUUAUUUCCAGACAACAAUCGGUUAUCAUUUUGGAUUUCAUAUAUGUGACAAAGAAGUUUUAGGAUAUCAUACUUUUGAUUGGGGUCAGAGAAAAGAAGUGAGAUAAUGCCUAAAGUGAACAGAAAACGGGGCACUCAGAAGAAAGCCCAAGGGGUUGGGACAGGACUGGGUUCACGACCUGCCACCGAUGAUGAGAAUAGCACUGGAGACAACUGGAGCACUGUCAGUGUUGCAUCUGAUGAUUCCAGCUGGUGUGAAUCUGCUUCAGUUGCGGAUGAGCAGGAGAUUGAAGACACUACAGAGCAAGAGAACUUUGAAGAUAGGUUGGCGGAGUGCAUCGAGGGUAUUGCUUCCAAAAGUGGUCCACAGCGCAAUAAAUUUUUAGAAGGUCUAAGGAAAGCUUUUAGCAAGAAAUACAUCGCAGAGUUUCUGGACAAAAGAAAGGAGACUGUGUCAGAUUCAUUAUUGCGCUGUGUGAGGAAAGGAAAAAGUGAUGAGGUUGUUCUAGCAGCAAUUUGCCUCAGUCUGCUGGCCGUACAGCUUGGUGAAGAACUUAGCCCGCAGUACCCUAACAUCCAGGCUGUUUUGACUACUGUCAUGACUGACAAAUCUGCCUCUGUCAAAGCUCGUGCUGAGUGUGCCACAACACUGGCCAUGUGUUGUUUUCUGGCUACAGAUGAUUUUGAAGACACGCAGACCAUUAUGUCAUCAUUGGAAGACAUUUUCAGCCAAUGCUACCGCAAGGGUGAUGGCACAAUGCCUCAGAUGAACCCUGACCUCAGCCUUCUGCACAACCGUUGCCUGGCAGCAUGGUCCCUGCUGGUCACCACAUCUCCGCCUUUCUUUGUUGAGAAGCUGGCUAUGACGCACAUCAGUCUUUUGGGAGAUCUACUCCACAGCAGUGACACAGAGUUACGCAUCACUGCUGGUGAGGCCAUUGCCCUGCUGUAUGACAUGUCACGCUGCAUUGACGAGAAUUUUGGUGGUGACGAUGAGGCCACACAGCGCCUUUGUGUUCAGCUGAAGGAACUUUCCACUGAGAGUACUAAGCAUAUGGCAAAGAAAGACCGUCGAACACAGCGAUCUUGUUUCCGUGAUAUCCUGCGCACUGUGGAGGCUGGGGAGGUGCCAGAGGCAACAAUACGAAUGGGAAUAGAGAGUCUGGUAGUGGAAGGAUGGCAGCUGAAGAAGCAUUAUGAUGCUUUUUGUCAAGUGUUGGGGUCUGGCAUCAACAUUCACUUGCAGGAAAAUGUCAUGCUGCGAGAUUUCUUCAACCUGGGGCCACCACUGCCUGUGGGUGCCAAACCCACCCAGAAGCUUUCAAAAGUAGAAAGGAAUUUUCAUAACAACGUUGCCAACAAAGCCAGGACAAAAGCUAGAGCUCGCAGCAGGGACAAACGUUCAGUGGUAAUUGGAUUCUGAGGCUGAUCUUGUCAAGAAUUUUUAAGGCUACACUUGUUAGAAAAUGGUGGAUUGAAAAUGACAUCAAUUUUGUGAUCAUAGGGAAACAUAAAUAGGUUGUACUUACUGCUUGUAGUGCUAAGGAUUGUAUAUAUUUUUUAUUUAUUUGAGCUGUUUCUGGAGGUCUGUGGUAUAGAAGGAUUAGAGUGAGUGUGCAUGUGUGCAAGGAUAAAAUGAGCUGUUGUGUAAAUACCACAUUUAUCUAGUGGGGCUGGAUAUGGUGGAUGGGGGUUGUCAGUACUCACCACUGUUAUGCUGCUUGCAGCAGAUGAAAGAAAUUGUUUCCUUCAUACUUUUUUUUUUGGGGGGGGGUGGCAUUAAUAGCCACCCCUCAAUUGCAACACUUCUCUUGAAGAUGGGAGAGGAAUAUGGUUAAGGCGUUUUGAUGAAACUUAUUUUUUAAAUUCAGAGCACUGUGGCAAUGACUAGUUUUAUCAGUUCGAAAACUUCUUAUUCUUUAAAAAAAUAGUUUUAGGCCUACCAAACCUGUCAAAUGUUCAUUUGUUUUGGAAAAGAAAUCUCUUUAUCCCUCCUUCUCCCACCCCCAUACCCUUUCUGAAUCUACAAAUAACACAUGCAUAAGCAAUGAUGAGAUGGCUGAAUCCUUAACUGUACAGAUAAUAUCUGAAUCAUGCUGUAACGGGCUUUGCAUUAAAACAAAUGUGGAUAAGUUUGGCCAUGUGUAUUGCACAAGAUUUGGAUUUAAUCCUUUCUUUUAAACCAUGAAGAUAAUAUUUAAUAUGUGUUGUGUUUCCAAAUUGUAAAUGAACAAAAUACAUAUAAUUGCAUGCAUAACAAAAGUUACACAUAUAUUUUGCUUUAGUAGCUAAUUAUAAUAUGCAUUCAUCUUUUUUUUUUUCCCCCCUUGAAAAUAAAGAUUUUUGAAAUUUU